CGGCCAGUGCUGGAACCCCACAUACCGGACGUGACGUCACGGCUCAUGGCGGCUGUUAUUCAGCAGGAGUGAGACAAACAAGGCCGUGUGACCCAAUAUUUACAGCAUCACACGCCCGAAAAUGGUGGUUCUAACGCUUAAGAACUUGCAACAGCAGACCUUCACCGUAGAAAUCGAAUUGUCCGCUACGGUCAGAGCCUUAAAAGAGAAAGUUGAGAAAGAAAAAGGCACAGAUUAUCCUGCUGUUGGCCAGAAACUUAUUUAUGCAGGUAAAAUCCUACAAGAUGAUACGACACUCGAUUCAUAUAACAUCGACGAUAAGAAAUUCCUUGUGAUAAUGGUUACAAAACCCAAAGCGGCAGCACCACCACCUGGUCCUGCCGAUCCCACAGUGAUAGAGGAGCCAGAUGUUGCUUCUACACAGGAAUCGACAGAAACUUCACCGAGUACGAGUACACCUACCACAGAAGCAUCAUCUGAGGCAGCAUCUACUUCCACAACAGCUACCACAGCUUCUUCCACUUCCACCACAACCACAACAACUAGUACUACCACCACUACCACCACUCCGCCUACAGAAGCGUCAACAACACCAGCAGCAGCACCAGCCUCGCAGACAACUUCAGGGGGGUCUGUUGGUAGUGCUGAGUCCUUGCUGGUAAUGGGUGAAGAAUUUAACCGUAUGGUAGAAAAUAUAAUGGAAAUGGGCUACGAGAGGUCGCAGGUUGAACGAGCGCUUAGGGCAAGCUUCAAUAACCCCUACACGGCUGUCCAGUACCUAGUUGAUGGCAUCCCUCCUAACUUAGAUGAGCCAGCGAGCAACCCAGCAGCGGGAGGUGAAGGUGAAGAACAAGUUGCUGCUGAGGGUGAUCCUGAUCCUGAUGAGGAUCCUCUUAACUUCCUUCGAUCACAACCACAGUUUGAGCAAAUGCGGCAGAUGAUUAGGUCAAAUCCGUCACUUCUGGAUGCAUUUAUUCAACAAAUUGGUCAAACGAAUCCCCAGUUACUGCACGUUAUCCAGGAAAACCAAGAGGCGUUUGUUCGAAUGCUGAAUGAAGGUGGCAGCUCAGGAGGUGUGAGCACAGGAGGUAGUGGUAACCAGGGUAGUGGAGGUGGCAGCAGCGGCGGCGGUGGUAGUGGUGGUGUUAGUGGCCGUGCUGUUCCUGGUCAGAAUGCCAUCCUUGUUUCCCCUCAAGAUAGAGAUGCUAUUGAAAGGCUCAAGGCACUGGGAAACUUUCCAGAGGAUGUUGUUAUUCAAGCUUAUUUUGCCUGCGAGAAGAACGAAAAUUUAGCUGCCGAAUUUCUCUUCAGUCAGACCUGGGAUUAGAUUUUAAUUAUAACAAAUUUAAAAUUAAUUUAGAAUAUGAAGUAUCUCGUUAAGUGCACGACUUGAGCUGUGGGCUGAUUUACCAGUGGCUUGUUAUUUCCAAAUUUUUAUGGAAGGUUGAAUUAUGUAUACUGAAUAACUUUAAAAUAUUUCAGUUGAUGAAUGUUAGGAGAACUUAUGUUUAGUGUAGGCUUGGGCCCUGCACUAAUUGUUAUGUGGUUGUAUGCUUCAAAAACCCGUGCUGCCACUCUAUUGUGUACAUAAUGUGUGUGAUAGCUUUCAUGUGGAUUCAUCUUACUUCUGUUGAAAAUUGUAAGAUGAUUUGGUUUCUUGUUUACUAUCCUUUGCUACUGAAAUGGUACUUGCUCUCGCUGUUAAUGCAUGGGCAAAAGGAUAUGGAAAAGAUUAUCCAGGAGGAACUACAGGUAUUCCAUCCAAAUAAAUCUUUUCUUCAUAAUCUAUGAUUCUUUUGAAUUUAAACUUAAGAAAUCCCUAUUUUUUGUUAUGCCAUUAUUAAUAGGAAAAAUGUGCAAGUUUUUGUGUUGUAUUUUGAGGUGUUCCAUACUAUUGGCUACUAUUACUAGGUUUUUAAAUUAUGUUUAUUUCAAGAGAAUGAAUGAAAGUAAACACACAUGAUAUAUUGCAGUCAUCAUUUAAUUGGUAUUCCUUUAUGGGAUUGUGCAUUUUACUAUUUGAAGUGCAUAAUUACUUCCCAUAUUUGAAUGAAAAUGAAGCAUCAGGCUUCUCUGAGAGAAAUAAAGUUAUGAAGAUUUAAGUGCUCAAUGUUCAUAUUUUACUUACAAAACUAAUAUUUGUAUGAAGCUUAUUAAAGCUGAAUUUUGUAAAUUGGAAAUUCAGUAAGGUUUCUAAAAUUGGCUAGUACAUUAGCAGUUUAUUUUCAAUGUAAAAUAUUGGGCGGUUGUUUUGAUAUGAAAUACUAAAUUAUGAAAUGGCAUUCUUGUCUUGUCCGAAGCUUUUACAGCACAUUAGCAGCACACUUAUGAGUGAAGUUUGUAUUAUGUUCAUUAUUUAGUUGUCUUUAGAGAUAGUUCCUUUCUCUGCUCCUUCCAACAUCUGCCCCUUCAUGCAUGGAAUGUUGCUUGAGGCAUGCAGUGCAGCAUUACUCUUUUUGAGAACCUCCCUAAGACUGACAAUAUAAAAGUACUGUUAAUUCAUUAUGAGCGCCUACUGGAUUAUGAGUGGAUAGGGAAUUUUUUCUUCAGCUUUUUGUGAGGAAAGUGUGUUAGAUUGAGGUUAAAUCUUAUUAAAUAGCUUCGUUCCUGUUGUGCAGGAAAAAAUCUUGUAAGCAUGCAAAAAAAUGGAGCAGCUAGUUGAUACCGCAGCUGGCUAAUAGUGACUUGUGAGCCUCACAACUUACUUAUAUAAUGAAUUUUGGCCUUGAAAAUUUGUUUCCUCUCCAGUUCUGCCUGAGCUUCUGGUGGUCACUCAUUACCUCAGCUGCUCAUGAGUUUUGCCAUUGGUGUGCUAAUAGCCAGAGUCACUGAAGACACCCAGUUAGAAUAAGUUGCCACUUGUGCUUUCCCUUGGCCUUACUUCAGUAGGGAAGCAUUUUGUAAAAAUAUUUGUUAAUAUUUCUUGUGAAGAGGAACAUGACCAGCAGGUUAA